CCAAAACAUCCACAUCGCCAGACGUCAUUUGAACUCAACUCGCUAAGUUAGAGGAGCUUGCGAGGGUAGCUAGGUUUGGAAAGGAUGUUGACAGAGGCAAAUCAGAUCUCUGAGCAAGGAAAACAUGUUGUGAAAAGGUUCCAUUUUGCUCAUCUUGAGCAAUUCCUAACCACUUCAGCUAUUGCCAAUGUAAUGUCGUAAAUGAAAGCACUGCAUUAGUUAUUGUCCACAGUGCACUCUUUAGUCAUUUGCCUGUCAGUCCUGCUUGUUAGUCUCCAAUAGAACAUUUCACAGGUGAAUGAAAGGGACAGAAACACAAUGUACCAAGUAGUACCUGGAGGAGCAGGAGGCACUAUUACGGAUGGAGUGCCUAUUAAGAAAAUAAACAAGGAAAGCCGUCCACUAGUAGGUGCUGGAGUUCUGGGGCUGGUGCUGGUUAUAGCUGCAGUGACAGCAUGGUGUUAUUACAUUGCCUCACUCCGCAAAGCUGAUCUCUUGAAGACAGAGUUGUUGGACCUCAAUAAGGAUGGCUUCCUCAUCCGCAACCAGGCUGGGGGGAUCGUGUUCAAGAUGGCUUUCAGAUCUGGAACGCUUGAUCUGGACUCGUGUUCCAAAGAGGGUGUGAUCCUGCGCUGCUCGCGCUCCUACGCCGGGAGAGUGAAAUUCUUCAUCAUGACGGUGAAGCCUAAAGAGACAGUGAUGUGUUACCGUGUGCGCUGGGAGGAGCUGGAGUCAGACCGGCCCGUAGAGCACGCCAUGGCCUACAACGAGUCGCAUUGGUACGGAGGUGCUGAGAGUGCUGUGCAGCACUGGCCUAUUGCCAUCUCAGGCCAGCAGGCACCCAAGCCCUUUGUCACCAGCGAUGUUUAUUCUAACCGCCACGACUUUGGCGGCAUUCUAGAGCGCUACUGGCUCUCGUCCAAUGCGACUGCCAUCAAGAUCAAUGACUCUGUGCCUUUCCACCUGGGCUGGAAUGAUACAGAGAAGACUUUGUACUUCCAGGCGCGAUAUCAGGACAGCCCAUACAAGCCCCUGCCGGGGAUGCCACCGUAUGCUGAACUUAGCUACCGUGUGUGUGUGGGACCAGAUGUGACCUCCAUCCACAAGGUCAUGGUUCGCAGGUACUUUCCCAAGCCCAACAAAGUUCCCUUAGAAGCAGUCUUCCGCUAUCCUAUAUGGUCCACCUGGGCUUUACACAAAACAGACAUCAACCAGGAGAAACUUUUAAGUUUUGCGGCAAACAUCCGAAAAUAUGGUUUUAACUGUAGUCACAUAGAGUUGGAUGACCGCUAUACCAGUCGGUAUGGGGAGUUUGAAUUUGACCCUGUUAAAUUUCCCAAUGUUUCUGGCAUGUUCCAGAAGCUGAAAGCAGAAGGCUUUCUGGUGAGUUUAUGGACGCACCCUUUUGUGAACUAUGACUCGGCUAACUUUGGGCUAUGUGUCCAGAAGGGCCUUUUUGUGAUGGAGCCUACUGGCCAACUUCCUGCCCUGGUGCGUUGGUGGAACGGCAUUGGUGGGAUCUUAGACUUUACUAACCCAGAAGCUCGGAACUGGUUCACCUCACAUCUCCGAGCUCUCCGCUCCAAAUAUGGCAUAUCCUCCUUCAAGCUGGAUGCCGGAGAGACCAACUACCUCCCCUGGCAGUUCAGAACGCGUGCUCAUCUUCCGGACCCCAGCACUUUCACCCGCCGCUACACUGAAAUGGCCAUUCCUUUUAACGAGCGUGCGGAGCUUCGCUCAGGCUACGGCUCCCAGAACAUCUCCUGUUUCUUCCGUCUCAUUGACCGUGACUCUGUUUGGGGUUAUGAGCUCGGCCUCAAGUCCAUCAUCCCUACCGUUCUCACCAUUAGCAUCUUGGGCUACCAAUUCAUCCUGCCAGAUAUGAUUGGAGGUAACGCAUAUCCCAACCGCACAUAUGGGAACGGCAAGCUUCCAGACCGUGAGCUCUACAUCCGCUGGCUGGAGCUGUCUGCUUUCAUGCCGUCCAUGCAGUUCUCCAUUCCACCAUGGGAAUAUGACGCUGAGGUGGUGGCCAUCGCCCAGCGCUUCACCGCCCUCCAUGAGACCCUGGUGGCCCCCAGAGUUUUGGAGCUAGCAGGGGAGGUGCUAAAUACCGGUGACCCCAUAAUCCGUCCUUUAUGGUGGAUAGCCACCGGCGACGAGACUGCCUAUAGAGUAGACUCGCAGUUCCUAAUAGGAGAUGACCUGAUGGUGGCACCAGUGCUGGAACCAGGCAAGCAAGAGAGGGAUAUCUACCUGCCAGCGGGUCACUGGAGGAGCUAUAAGGGAGAGCGCUAUGAAAAUAAAGAGCCUAUGCAUCUCACUGAUUAUCCUGUGGAUCUUGAUGAGAUUGCAUAUUUUCUUUGGAUUCAGUGAUGCCAUUUUGUGGACAGACAAACCUUUUUUGUUGCUAACUUUUUUCAGGGAAUAAGCAUUACAUGCUUUGCAGCAUCACAUAUGGCUGAGUUGUUGGGUGUAAAGAUAUCUGCAUGAAUUUUGGAGUACAGAAGCAAGCAUCUAAUUUCUUUUGUGUUAUAUUUAAGCUAAGAACAAAUAAUGCAAAUGAAAGCCUAUUGUGUUCUCUUUUGCCUUAUUUGUUUCCUGUUACGGCAGUAAAUGUGCAAAUAACUCAUGCGCAGACCUAACCAUGUGCCUUACAUUUCUGAAUGUACAUACCAGAUGCCAUAUUUGGGAGCUUCCAAAUUAAACAAAGCCUAGCUAACACGCACAUUGCAGGGUAAACUUGGGCUGCACAUUUAAGACAAUUUUGGGUCAACGUCAAAAAUGAAUAUUACUUGUAUGUUACUACAGUCAUCAGUAUGAAUUCUGAUUUUUUAUGUGUUAAAUCUGAGUCAAAACAUUGACAGUUGAUUUACUGUGAAAAUAAACAGUAUGACCUCUUUGCACAUAACCUUAAUUGAUAGUAUCAGUAAUACAGUGGUAUUACAAAGUCAAAAGCAUGUAUACUUAUGGGGAGAAUAAGCUAAUUAAUGCAUUAUUGUAUCUGCCCAAAAUUCUAAUAUAGAACCAGUACUAAUGCACCAAUAUGCAUGUCUGAAGGGCUAUGUCGAUUUAGUAAGCAUUUAUAAUAUUUAGCAUUUCUAUCAGCACACACCUAGCACCUCUGCUUUUUGAAAAAGGGACAAAAAUGUUAGUGUUAUUACACUAAAGCCACACUCUGUUUGCUUAGAAUGGAUUUGGAUAGUCGUUCCUAUAAUGAAUGAAUGAAAGUUUAUUCUGUAUACAGUACUGGGCAAAAGUACUUUUUACUAUUUGUAAUUUCCAGUCAAAAUGGCCAUUACGUACAAAUAUUCAUUUCUCAGGAGAUGUUUCUGAGAUUAUGUAAGAUAAUACACUUUCAUAAGGAAGCAUAAAGUCAAAGGUACAUAAGGGAAAAACAGGAGUUUCCAACUGGAGUUCAAAAAAUUCUUAAAAGACAGAGAAAAUGGGACUCUUGACAACCGGGUAAGACCUGGUAGACCAUCAAAACCAUAAGAUGAACAGUAUUUAAACCUUGCCAUCUUUCCAUCAUGGGAAAACAGCUCACUACUAUGGGCCUAAAAAAAGAUGUGCAGCUGUCAAGAAUCCGUUGCUAAGGAAAGGAAAUAGGCAAAAACAGAAGAAAAUUUACAGAUCAAACAGAAGCUGCUGGUGUUCUCAGAUGCAAAGAACUUUAGAGGUGUCAAAAAGUAUCCUUGCACUUUUAUUUCAAAAACUGAAUGGAAGACUUACUAAAAAUGGAAGGCUUUAUAAAGGCAAAGAGUAAAUACUAAAUACACAAAAAUUUAGCUGUUGAGGCUUCUGUGUGAUCUCAGAGUGAAUAACUUGUAUUUAAUGGCCAUUUUGACUGGAAAUGAAAUAAAUAAAGCAUGGUCUCUGACUUUAGCACAGUACUGUAGGUACUAUAUAGCACCAUGGCUUUGAGCAAUAAUUGUCUCCUGUAUUAUUACUCUUUUAUUAUUAAGCCUGCAUUUGUGUUGUAGAGUGUAUACAAGCUGCCUUUUCAGUCCAAUCAGCACUCACAUUGAGCCAGAGGAACUGACUUACAUGUUGCUGCUUGAAAACGUCCAUUGCUCAUGAAGUUUGUUCUGUCAUUGCUUUUUGCCAUAAGGGUAUCAUCAGAUGCCAAAAAUGUAACACCAUCCAGCCUCAUUUGUCAUUAGUCAGAUAUUUUUGUGAUUUCAUAUUCAUGUUGUACAUGAGAAUUGUCAUUGUAUGCUUGUGUUUUUAAUUUGUUUGUUUUUGUAUGGCAUGGUUCCAUGGCUUUGUUUGGGUUUUGCAGUGAUGACCGCUUUCACUGCUUGAUCAGUUGAUCUUCAGUCAGAUUAUGUUUUUGCUGCGCAGCACUUCAUGUCCUUUUUUCUCCUUGUUGUUCUUGCUGUAUACUCUUCCAGCAGUCAGCCCACUGCCAGGCCUUUUGCUAAUCUGCAACCUCCCAGCUUAUUUUUAGCUCUUCCCACACUGCUGCGAAACUCUGCUUUAGAGUCACGCUCUGCUUUGGACACAUCUGCUUCACUGUUGCGCAUCAUGGGUCACUAUGUGAGGAAUCCAGUUGUAGUGUAAUUAACGAAAGUAGAAUAGAAAAUGUUUCAUGUUGUUGGAUGUUGGUAGUAGAGCUCAGCCUACUUGCAAUACGGCAACAUUACUCCAUCGAAUGCUGUCUAAGAGGCUGUUUGCACCUUGCAUCAAUAUGUGUUUUUUAGUAAUUUGAUCAUGUUCAGAUUUCAGUUGAGCACAUGAAAAUCCAUGUGUAACCACACCCAGGAUGGGUUGUGAUUGGAUUACGAUUGGAUCUCUCAAACCACAUUCACAGGUGGUCAGAGGUGGUUGUUGACCACUUUCAAUACAAGUGUAAAUUGAAUGUGAUUUCUAUAUCUGGUACAGUUGCAUAAGUAAUUAAUGACAACAGCUGGAAGACAAAGCCUUCUCCUCCACUAAUGGAAACAAUUCGUUGCCCAUUUUAAAUGUUUUCUUACAAUAUUUGACAGUAUACAAAUAUAUGUACAAAUGCAUUAAACAUUGGGUUGGUACUCUAAAGGGUACGUCUUCAGUACCUUAAGUUAGGAAGCAUAAUUGUACCAUAAUUGUACCAGUCUUGAGUUAAGGCUUUUUAUUUUAUUGUUCUGUUUUAAAAUAUUAUGUAAUGAAAAGUGCAAAUAUGCUUUUCCCUGUAGAAAAGGGUAUUUUAGGUACACAGUUCGACCAUAAUACCAAUGUUGGACUUUAUUUGUACAUUAAUGAAAAUAAAUGUACCUGUACAGUACUAAUUUUUUACCCUUGAAAAGAAAACUUGCUUGAAAAGUGUAAAAGGAAUCUGGCCAAACUGUAUCCAGAAAUGAUCUGGACAUGAAAAACGUGUUAAUGCAAGGUGCAAACAAGCUCUAAGUGUCUGGUUCACCACUUAGUUUUCCUAAAAUCGCAGAGUGUUUCUUUAAUUGUGGCUUCAGUGCAAAACGGGAAUAUGAAUUCUGGCAGUUUUUAAAAAAAAAUUUGUAUAAUGAAUAUCCAACCGUUAUCCAUUAACCAUUAACUGACAAGCCUAAAAUCAAGGAUGUGAUCCAUUAAAAUAUCAGUCAUUAAAUGGCUUGUUCCGGUUCUGAAAUCUGAUUGGCUGAGCCAUGUUCAAAGCAGUAAUAAACUCGAUAUAUGCACACUUUUGAGCUCACAGAACAACUGAAUUCUAUAUUAAUGAGCCGAGAUAUUAAAAAGCGAACCUGAUGGGUGGAGUUAGAUAUCUGCAUGGAUAUAAAAAAAAACUGUAACACUUAUGAAAUGACUGGAACAUACAGUGAUGAACUGCUGGAAGUUCUGUAUUCUAAAGUUCUGAAGUUAUAUUUACUAAUCAUUUCUGGCCCAAGUUAAAAGAAGACAUAAAUGCCAUGAGCAGGGUUAGCUUUGGCUCAGUGUAUCUCAGUUGUAACAGUUGUCUUUCUCAUCGCUUGCAGAUGUUUGACACAUAUGGUACAUUGUAGUUGUAACUUACAGCAUUAGUCAAACAAUUACUGCAUUUCAAACCAGCCUUAGAUCAUGUCAUUUCAGUACAGUACAGCUGUGUUUAAAGUUUAGGAAAAGUACAUUUUACUUGCACUAAAAGUUCAGUCUUGCUUCUAAGUGACUUUGCCUUCAUAUUUAUUACAUGCAUAAGACAGGUCUGCCAGUGUUUUAGAUAUACUGUGGGUAAAUACAGGCUAUGCUGGAAAUGCAGGGCUAGAAAUAGACAUUUCUGCUUUGCAAAGCAAGUCUGUGAAGCUCCAACCAAACAGCCUGUUUGCAGUGUGUGUAAGGUGCUUAUCUUGUUAACAGUGACAUGACAUUGCGCCCCUAUUUAACUGGUGGAACGUUGGUAGAUAUAGUAGUAGAAUGCUGAUGUUGAGGAAAGUUACCAGAGCAAAAACAGUGUCAGCCUCCCACAGACUGACUUUUUUCCCUUUCCUUCUGUCUUUUUCCGUCGUUCUCUCCGCUGGGUGAAAUGGCAUGAACAAGGGAUUCAUUUGAACAAAGAGACCACAGUUAAAGCUGCUUCUACGAGUGCAUUGCUAAUUUCAGCCCUAUUCUCUUUAUUCACUUCCAUUUCUUUUUUUAUGCGAAAUAACGUCAACUUGAUUAUCAGCUCUGAAGCGUGUUGACUGAAAUGGUUUUAACUGUUGUGUAAUGUGUUUGAAAAGUGGUGCCAAAUUGGAUAAGGCACUGUAUAAAUCUAUGCUUGUCCUGAUCUUUUAUUCCGCCUGCACACUUUUGGCUUUAGAAUGAUGCAGCAACAACAGGGCUGCUGCAAAAUGGAAAUGCUUUGAAAUUAUUUCAGUUAAACGUUUAUCAGCUUUUCUAGUGCAUGUUGCAUAAUACAGCACAAAUAAAACUACAGAAAUAUUCAGACAUUUAAUCUGUUGUAGCUCUGUGGGCUACUCUAUUGAUUGCAUAUUAACGACUAGUUCUCUAAUGAUGAAGCACACUGUUGACAUCAAGACAAUUUUAGGAUGAGUUGGACUUUACACAGUUAAAUAGUGGUUUUGGUGUCUAGUUUGCAGAUGCAGAUGUGCUUUGCCUGUAGAGUUUAUCUCCACUAGGGGGCAGUGUGCACCUUUUCUGUACUCUUGUCUCUCCGCUGCAUUAUGAUGGCAUGAGCAAGUUCUGCCCUUUACACUUUCACCUUCUCUGUUAAUCCCGUGCUACUCCUCUCACAAUAUGUAAUUUCACUGCACUGAUACAGAACAAUAAGCUCUUUUUUUAAGCUAUUAACAGUUUUGACCUCAUCCACAAAUGAGGUGCUAUUGAAAUUCGAGCCAUCAUCUUUGUUGUUCCACUUAACUGAAGUCCUGAUCGCUUCAUGUUAUUCAGUUUGAUAGACUGAUGUGUUCACAGCAGUCACGCUGCUUUGAUUUAACGUGUUAAUGGUUUGAACUCUUGUUUCCGGCAGGAUUGUUCUUUUGUUUGGUGCUGUUUGGUUUCACAAGCACUGGCCUUCUGUUCUAUUAAAAGCUAAUUUUAACUUUGUUCCAGUUUGGUGCAUAAUAAAAGACACUGUUAUCGAUUGAUUGCAUGGAA